AUGGUAGUCACUAUUGUCUCUGGUCUCUUCUAUCUUCUUCUCUACAAGAGGAAGGUAUCCAUUUACUUACUAGACUUCACUUGCUACCGCCCACCGGAUUCUCUCCGGGUACCCAUGUCCAUGUACCUAGAGCACCUCAUACACAACGGAUUCGACCCCGACGCCAUUUCUUUCCAGGUCAAGAUCCUAGCAAGAUCAGGGUUAAGCCAAGAGACCUGCAUUCCCCCUUCUCUCAGAGAACUACCCAUUACAAAAUCUCUCUCGUUCAGCAAAGAAGAGGCCACGACUGUUAUGUUCUCCGCGGUCACAGAAUUGUUAGAGAAGAACAAGAUAAACCCUAGAUCCAUAGACAUCUUAAUCACUAACAGUAGUGUGUAUUCUCCGACACCUUCUCUCUGUGCAAUGGUCAUCAAUGAAUUCAGAAUGAGAAGCAAUAUCUUGAGCUUUAACCUUUCGGGGAUGGGAUGUAGUGCCAGUUUAGUAUCCAUUGGUUUAGCAAAGGAUUUAUUGAAAGUUCAUCAGAACUCCCUUGCCCUGAUAGUGAGCAGUGAAUCUCUAAGCCAGAAUUGGUACACUGGAAAGAACCACUCGAUGUUGAUAGCAAAUUGUCUGUUUCGAAUGGGAGGUGCUGCAAUUCUAUUGUCUAGUAAAGAACAAGACAAGAAGAUCGCCAAAUAUCAACUUCAACAUGUCAUUCGAAUAAGCAGGGCGCAAGACGAUCAAUCUUAUGCUUGUAUUUUUCAAGAUGAAGACAGAGAAGAGAAAACAGGGAUAUCCAUAUCAAAGAGCAUACUGAAUGUUGCAGGGGAAGCACUAAAAGCAAACAUGGCUUCUUUGGGACCUCUGGUUUUGCCAUUUAGCGAGCAAUUUCGAUAUGGUCUAUCGGUUGUUUGCAAGAAGACAGGACUUUUAGGGAGGAGGAAAACCUACACGCCAAACUUCAAGAGGGUUUUCGAACAUUUCUGCAUACACCCAGGAGGAAAAGCUGUGCUUCUCGCGAUCCAGAAAGGUCUGAAACUUACAGAGGACGAGAUGGAGGCAUCAAAGAUGACACUUCAUAGGUUUGGAAAUACCUCGUCUUCUUCGAUUUGGUAUGAACUUAGCUAUACAGAAACCAAAGGGAGGAUGAAAAGGGGUAACAGAGUAUGGCAAAUUUGCCUCGGAGGUGGGUUCAAAAGCAAUAGUGCAGUGUGGAAAUGUCUUCACACUAUUGAGCCAGAGAAGGGCAAUGCUUGGAGUGAUAGGAUAGAUUCAUAUCCUGUAGAUAUACCUGAUGUUGUGGAGAUAGACUAAAAGAGAAGAAAAUUUCCCUUG